UGUGAGUGAUAUAAAAAAAUAAAAGACAGAAAAAAGAAGAGGAAGAAAUCCAUCCCGAUCACAGAUCAGAAAUCAAACAGAUCGAUCCACAAAAAUGGCUCCAUUCAGCGGCGACGAAACUGCUCCUUUCUUCGGCUUCCUCGGUGCCGCAGCGGCACUCGUUUUCUCAUGUAUGGGAGCGGCAUACGGAACAGCGAAGAGUGGUGUAGGAGUAGCAUCGAUGGGAGUGAUGAGACCUGAACUUGUUAUGAAAUCUAUUGUUCCUGUUGUUAUGGCUGGUGUUUUGGGUAUUUAUGGUUUGAUUAUUGCUGUUAUUAUUAGUACUGGGAUUAAUCCUAAGGCUAAAUCUUAUUAUCUCUUUGAUGGUUACGCUCAUCUUUCUUCUGGUCUUGCUUGUGGUCUUGCUGGUCUUUCUGCUGGUAUGGCUAUUGGAAUCGUCGGUGAUGCCGGUGUUAGAGCAAAUGCUCAACAGCCAAAGCUUUUUGUUGGAAUGAUUCUCAUCCUCAUUUUCGCCGAGGCGUUGGCGUUGUACGGACUUAUUGUUGGCAUCAUCCUCUCUUCCCGCGCUGGCCAAUCCAGGGCUGAGUAAAGUCAUAUUUCAUGUUGGUCGUGGUUUACAGAGCCACAGAUUGUGAAUGUCACUGUGGAGCUGGCUUUGCUAAUGUUCGUACACUGGUUGCUGUUUUUCAUUAUUCAUGUUAUUCUAUUUAUUUAUGCACUCUUUAUAAAGUUGAGGUUAUCUAGGACCAAUAAUAAAGCUUUUCUCUGCGCGUCAUUAGUUUUGAAUUAUAUAUGCUCAAUUAAUAGAUCAGAGAUCUAUAUACUUAGACAGAUGUUUGUUUUGAUUCCAAUAACUUAUUAAGUAUGGUUUUGUACUUGCCAAAAUGUAUCUCCCAAACAACCCAGACUUUUCAUUAAUAUUAUUUUAUUCAAUAUGA